AAUAAUAAUAAACAGCUAAAGUUAAAGUUUGUUUUCUUUAAUGGCAUUCAUAGAGCACAUACCACAGACUUUGAUAUAACAGUGAGGGGAAAAAACAACAAUCAGAGAAAGUGUCCACAGUGGGUGUUCGAUCCUUCGACUCCAGCAUCUCAGGCUAGCCAGGUCCCGUCCCGUGGAUAUACAGACACUAAUAGUAAUAUUCUAAACAAGAACAUUUAGUUUAAAAUAGUUUACUAAUUAAAAACGCUUUAUUAGUCGGAGACAUUUUAAAAUAAGUAGCAGAAAACUCAGUGCCUUAAAAAAAUAUAAAUAAAUAAAUAAAAUAAAAUAAAUUCAGCAUUACAUAUAUUUUUGCACGCACUGUUUUGUAAUAAUAUAUAAACUUCACAUAUAGUUACUAUAUCCUUAAAAAAAAAUAAAAAAAAAUAAAUAAAAAAAACCCUACUACAUUCAGGUAAGUAACAAAACACUGGCCGUCUGUUCUUCUAAAGUAUUUCAUGAGAAGAGGAAAAAAAUGUUGAGAAGACACCCAAAUCAAGGUGACGCCAGAUUCGACGCCAAAUAUCGUCAGACAGUGCGCGAGACUUGCGCGAGCUACGUGCCGCGAUUCAAGUUGAUUUCAGUGAGUAAGAGAGUUCCAUUUCAUUCAAGUCUGUGCCGUGUCGUAACGUACGGAGUGUACACACGCUCAAUGCUUAUCAUCCGGGGUACACAGGCGGUCGGCGCGUCCUCGUACGAAACUGCACACAUUGGAUAAAUACUAACCAGGUAUGGAUAUAAGUGCAAGACGAAGAGCUUUUCCUCGAGACGCCAGUCAUCGGCGGAGACAACAGCGUGUUACACGUACUGGAUGAAACACCGGGUCUAAAGCAACAUGAUGUGGAAUGACCCAUAUCAGGCGCUGGUGCCCCUUUGUUUUGUUAUUCAACUUAUCACCAAUGUCACGUGCAACUUGUCGCCAUAUUUGAGAGCUUCGACAGAAGCCAAAACCGAACAUAUACAUUUACAACCUCCGGGAUUACUAAUCAAAUUCUCUCGAGAACGAGAUAACUUGAGACUUGCUCCGCGAAAGAAACACUUAAAAACUGUCAAACUACUUCGGCGGCUGAAAGACAACUUCGAUCCCGACUUCAUGUCAAUCACGACCCCGAAGCGGGUCGACGAAUUAGUCUCGGUAACGAAGACUCCUCACCUUCAGAAACAGGUCCUUGCUCUGAACCUGUCUCAAGUGUUAGGGCAGGUCGGUCCGUUCAACGACAGUGUGGUCAGACUGGUCCAGUCGUGGCUGGUGGAAAAGGCGUCUUGCCCUGUGUACCGCCGCUGGGAGGACCUGGGGCUGUUUUUCUGGCCGCGGUGGGUGAAGUUCGGCUACUGCUCCCAUACCGACGUGCCCUGCUCGUGGCCCCCCGGCAUGAACUGCAUCCCGGCGGAGUCGAGGCGGAUCAAGAUCCUGCGCUGGCACUGUCGGUACUGGAAGAGGCCGCGGGGUCACAGGAACUACAUCGACUACCGUGUCAAGAAGGACACCGACUCCAACGGCACGGAGGACUGGAACAAGCGACUGAGGAAGGAAAACAUAAAGAAGAAACUCCGCAAGAGGUGCAAGUGGAUCAAAGUGCCGUACCCGGUAACCGACGAGUGCUACUGUUCCUGUUAAAACGAGCCGAGUUUUCUCUCUUAAAACGUUGUAGGGUAUUUCACGGUAAGACGACGUGCUUUAUUGCUUCAUUAAUAACUCUUUCACAGACAAAAACAAAUGUUCUGAUGGUAUAACCACUUACAGAGAGGCGAGUAACCUCCCUUCUGGAGAAAGUGUCACGACCAACCCAAAAGUUUAAAAUCUUUAUCUGAAAACGAGUAGCUGCUUAUGUUCGUGGUUAGUUGACGUGUUGAGAAUUGUUGGUCAUUAUGAUCAUUCAGUGGAGUGGAUUUCUAAAACGGGCUUAAAAACAAACAAACAACAAACAUAGUAAACAUUUCAAUAUGCGCUAAGCUAUCAGACCAAGAUAUCGUCUUGAGAAUCUGUUUAACUUAAGACAACCAAGAACCCACUGUAUAUAUAGCGAGGAGCAUUCUAAGCAAAGUGCUGUACGUUUUAACCAGAAAUACCGCACAAUGUUGCAAGGUGAAAAUGGCCAUUUAAUAUACAAUACGUUUACCUACAGUAGCGGAUCUAAGAUUGUUUUGAAGGAAGAUCCAUAACUCAGAGUCAGGAUUCUUCUAGACCUAGAACUAGGUGCUGACCAUAACGGGAGUUUUGCACGAUGUCACGUCUGUAUGAGAGAGGAGACAACAUGUCGAAGGUGAAGGUCAUAUAUGGAGGUUUGAGAUCAUGCUCUCACUGGAACUGGAGUGUUCCUUUGGGUAGCUGAAAUGUGAUUUCCUCGUUUUAAACUGACCAAAACGCGAAUGUUUAAGCCUUCUGGGUCUCCGUGGGCCUUCUUUGGAUCUGUUACAGAUUAAGGAAAAACUUUUGAAUACGGUUUGCUUUGUGGAAUUCUCCGAUAAGCUACUAUGUAACACGGAUUAAGAAUGAAGUUAAAACUGUCUCCGUUACACGGUUAAUCUCUUGGGUUGUUUUAUUGUAGCCAGAUCGGAUCUGUUAUUUACAGAUGCGCUACCGGAUGUUGUAUUAUAUUUCUACUCCCAGGCAACUGGAAUGCGUCGACUUUUCGAAAGUAAUUCCUCAGACAGACACGCUACAGACGUGCUGAGAAUUCAAGAAAGAAUUUGAAAUCUCAAAAUGUUUUUUUCAAUAUGAACGACUACAAUUUUCCCCUCACAAAUAUAUAUAACGGUAUCCAACAAAUAUAUUAGUGGUAAACAGUGACCCACGGUACAGCUGUAUACAAACUUGUCAAAUGAUGUCCGGAGGUGACCGAAGGUGAACACUGAAACUCACCGAGAUUUACUGAAAAUAAACUUCGACUAUGCGAGUUUCCGAAUGGACCCGAGUGUUUCAAAACGAUAUUUAAUAGUGAAUCUUUGGGCGCUAUGUUUUAGAUAUCAUUAGAAUGAAUUCUGUAUAUGUUUUUAUGUAUAAAAGAUGAGUUGUAACAUUAAUACAAUAUUAUAUAUAAAUAGAAUCAACACAGAGUGCUCCGAUAACUCCAUGGAUGACGAAACCUGAUUCUAAAACGGCCAACGUCUCCUAGUCACAUACUGCUGUUGGAAUGUAUGGUCAACGAUCCGCUAGUCACCAGCAGUCGAAAUAAGGGAAGCAAAAUUUAAAUACACGAGAAAAAGUAUUUAGAAAAAUAAACUUGACGCAUGUGCUACACAUCUACUGUUAUUAAAAACAAACUGAAAGUAUACAAUAAUUAAAUUAUUUCCUUAAUUGUCUCCGGCAGUGUAUCAUGGUAUCUCUGCACUGACCUAUUUGGGAUGGAAGUAAGGAAUGUCUUCAAAAUUCGGGAAUUCCCUCAAAGUGUACAAUCCAAAGGCAGGCCUGCCAACAAAAACAGGGAACCUAUACUCACUAUACUCAACCCCGAAUUCCUGGGUCUGGCAGUGUUCUACGGGAGACAACAACAGAACUUCCAUAGCAGUGUGUGAACUAGAUCUGGCAAUGUUCUACGGGAGACAACAACAGAACUUCCAUAGCAGUGUGUGAACUGGAUCUGACAGUGUUCUACGGGAGACACCAACAGAACUUCCAUAGCAGUGUGUGAACUAGAUCUGGCAAUGUUCUACGGGAGACAACAACAGAACUUCCAUAGCAGUGUGUGAACUGGAUCUGGCAAUGUUCUACGGGAGACAACAACAGAACUUCCAUAGCAGUGUGUGAACUGGAUCUGACAGUGUUCUACGGGAGACAACAACAGAACUUCCAUAGCAGUGUGUGAACUGGAUCUGACAGUGUUCUACGGGAGACAACAACAGAACUUCCAUAGCAGUGUGUGAACUAGAUCUGGCCGCGUGGAUAAUUAUUAUGGAUGGUCUAGAUUUAAUCACAUGAAGGGAGACAUUUUACAAAUAUAUACUCACCACUUGUAAAGUAACAUUUUUAUUUUUAUUUUAAACAAAGUAUAGGAAACUAAAGGAAGUAAACCCACCAGGCAUACAAUGAAACGUAAGGUACCAACUCCUCCCCCACGUGAUUAUUUCUAGAACAGCCCCUUGCUGUAUUGUAUGGCUAGUGCAUGCUCCUCUAGUACAUGUAUGUUAGUAAGUGUAUGUUAGUACGUAUAUGUUAGUAUGAUUGUACAGUUGACUCUUAUUAAAAGAGGUCUUGCGUAUC